AUGUCUUCGGCCUCCCCCCCAAAAGAACCAGAUGUGGAACCUGAGAAUCAGUCAGGCGAUGACCCUGAACAAAUGGACCGCGAUAAUCAGGACCCAAGCGGGCAAGGGCAAGAAUUUGAGGUGAAGGAACAAGACCGAUGGCUACCAAUUGCAAAUGUCGCCCGUAUCAUGAAAACUGCCCUGCCCGAGAACGCUAAGAUCGCAAAAGAGGCAAAGGAAUGCAUGCAAGAAUGUGUCAGCGAGUUCAUUUCGUUCAUUACUAGUGAAGCAUCCGAAAAAUGUCAACAAGAAAAGCGCAAGACAGUCAAUGGCGAAGAUAUCUUAUUUGCUAUGACGUCUCUGGGUUUUGAGAACUAUGCGGAAGCCUUGAAGAUUUAUCUCUCCAAAUAUCGUGAAACGCAAUCUGCUCGUGGAGAAAAUCAAAACCGACCUACUAGCAGUGGAUAUAAUGCUGGUGGACCAGUCGGUGGCUCAAGCGGCGCUCCAGCUGCUCGCGGCGCCGCUGCAGCUGCCCCCGCUGGAUUCGCGGCUUCAGAAAACCCGAACAACAUGCUCGCUUCGAACUUAGAUCCUUCGGAGCAAGAGGGCUAUGGCUAUGGCUCUAUGGUCGGCCAAGGCCACAACGGUGCUGGAACGGAGUUUCACUAA